AUGGAGGCGAACAAUUUUAUAGCAAAGUUAAAGGCGUGUGGUGCUAACAGUGAUAUUUGUGAUUUGAAAGAGGCUUUGGACGCAUUUAAAGUAAUCUUAGUUAAGUUGCCUGAAAAGGAUAAGUCAUCUUUUAGUUUAAACGUUUUAUGUACAUUAUGCAGAAAUCUCGAGAAAAUACCGACAUGGCGUGCCUCAAUCAAUAACACAGAUCUUGUAACAUUCAGCAUAGAAUGUGUUCGACACACACGGAACAUGCAAGCAUCGGAUCAGGUCAAAACACUGGCCUGCAUCUUUCACAUACAUAGACACGUAAUUAAACAGAGUUCAAAUAUACCUCCGGAAUUGAUUCUUAAAUUAUCAUUCUUGCCGUUUGAUUGCGACGAAGACAGUCUUCUGUCGGAUUACCACAAAACAUAUUGGAGCAUCCUCGCAGAUAGAUUGACUUAUAUAGAGAAACUUAAAUCUCUGAAGCUGCCGAUAAUAAAACUAUUGCCAAAAUUCGUUGACGAUGUUAUCAAAGUCAUAAAAAUAUAUGACACCAUCCAAUUCUGCGCCAACUUACUCACAUUUCUAGUUAAAAAGCUACAUUAUGUGUACAACGAUGUCAGAAUUAACGAAUCAUUUGAAAGGAUAUUUGAAUGCAUCGCUAAGAAGGAUAUAAAACAAUUCAAGUUACUUCAAGAUAAGGAAAUAAUGGAUAUAUAUGUUAAAUUUAACGACUGCUUGUACGUUAUAGCUGAAAAUGGAUUACGUUACAAAGAUUCUGUGCUUGAAAAUGUAUCAAGAACAAUCAUUACUAUACUAGGACAUAGACCCGAUAUGUUUCAUUGUAUGCAAAUGUUGUAUCCAAAUUCAUUUUGCUGUAUCUUUAAAGAUAAAACUAAUGUGAAUUUGAUAGACAAUACCCUGAAUUCAUUAUUAACAUCAUGUGAAAUUACCGAGAAAUUGGGUUACAUACAAACACUCAACGCAACUUAUCCAUACUUAAGCCAACUUUUAAGACUUUAUAUAGAAAGUAUUCUUAAUAACCAAGAUAUAAGUAAUAGUUUUGAUAUUGUAAUACAAGAAAAAUGUCUUAAAAUAAUACUAUUUCUUAUAAAAAAGCUGAAAAACACUAAUCAGAUGUUGAAAUGUGAAAAUUGUAAUAUAAGAUCGGGCUUACAUGAUGCUUUAAGACUGACAUUCCUCAUCAAAAACUUUGUUAACACAUCUACAAGCAACGAUAUGGACAUAAAAACUAUUCUGCCGUUAUACAUAGAUGUUAUAAAGCAGCAGUAUGUGAUUUUGGAGGAAUUAAAUGUUUUGGGCUGUGGAAAUUACAAGAAAUGCCUCAGCAAACUGCAAACAGACACACAUAAUACGGCUAUAACCUUCAAUAAGAGUAAAUAUUACAUGCAAUCGAUAGAAUUAUUCGAUAUUUACCUUAAAAAUGAAUUUAAGAAGCCAUCGAGUGGUGACAAAGCUAUGCAAAUGAAGAAUAUGAGCCGAGCUCUUUACAAUAAGAGCAUAUGCGAAUUAGACUUCAGAUUAUAUGAGGAUUCGUUGAGCAAUGCUUACUUGAGUCUAAUUUUCUCAUUGCCCGAUUCAAUUUGUAACGAGAAGUACAUGAGUCUUGUCAUGGAUAUCAAAGCAAAAGCUUCCAAAGAAGAAACCGAUGUUCAGAUGUGGUCGGUAUUGGAUGUGUGUAGAAAUGUUGUGAAUGAAAAUCCAUAUGGAAAUCUUCAAUCUUUGGUCAAAGAUUUGGAGUUCAGUGUACUCUUAAAACUCGAGUUUUCAAUGUACGUGAAGCUAUGGCCUUCCAUUCCUCCUAUAGCCGGUGUAUGGAAAUCAUUGUACGAUAUGAUUGAAGAUAAAGAAGAUUUUAUCACAAAGGAAAAUCCAGAAAAAAUGUUGUGGACUCUCUACGAGAUUGUUGUAGCAACACCGGCUGCUGUUAGAACGAUUCAUAAUGACACGUACAAAGAUAUUGUGUAUAGAUUGAUAGAAGAAUUACGUGGAAAACCGAAGAAAUCACCAAAAGAAAAGCUGGUGUAUGCUACACUACUGAGUUUGAAGACUGAAUAUGAAAUUAACGAGGCCGGCUUGAAGUAUGGAUGGAAAGGGAGAGAGAUGGAUCCCGACGCUCCAAGUACAAGGUCCAUACUACACGAGCGGGAAGUGCUACACAACGCGAGAAUGACUGUGAAGGAAAUGACUAACGUCGCCGGGGACUGUUUUGGAGAUUUCCUUGCUCCAUGUCUGCGAGUGUUGUCAGUCGUUGUUCCGGAGUUAUUCCACCUCAGUGAUGAUGUACACGCCUUACAGCUAGCCAAUGUAUUGUGUGAUAUGGCGAUUAAAAUAAAUGAGAGGGAAAUAUUCGUACGUAACGCCGGUUAUCUUAUAUACAAAUCAGACGGACAGACAGACUUGCAAGAACUCAUACAAAAAGCUUCCAAAUAUUGUAAGGAGAUGAUAAAUGAACCGCUGUAUAUGGAUGUAGCGUUGAAUUUCAUGAGCGAAGUCGCGAUUUAUUACAUAAAAUUGGGUAAAUUAUCUAUAAGCAGCAAGCUAGUACAAUCAGUUCAAGUUAAAAUAUUAACGGCGUACGAAAAUAAUCAGGAUAUAAAUUUGGAUUUGUCUCUGGGUCGCCUGAUGGAAGCUCAGACUCAGUUAUGCUCAGUACUGAGCGAGGACUGCCCGAGCAUGCUCAGCGCGCUCAACUCUGUUCAUAGACAUUACUUGUCUAUGACUAGUAGCGACACACACUGGUGUUUCCGCCGUAACACUUCACUAGUGAUCAAGCUGAGAGUAUCAACUUCCGGUGCUUGUUGUGUGAGUCUGUCCCGCGCGCUCCGGGCCUUCAGCAGAGCCCGAGCGGGGGCUGCGGUCGCUUCUAGGACGGGGGCGGCGGCCGCUGCGAAGAUACUGGCUCAUGUUAUGACCGGGGGCGAAGCCCUACAGAUGAAAAUCGACAACACUCUCAAAUUCAUUCUCGGCAUACAGUCUGAUGCGAUAGAAACAAAUCAUACAAUGACUAAACAACAUCAUUUUACACCAAAAAGUACUAAUUUGGAAGCUAUGAGGGAUUGUAUGCUGAAAAAGGUUCAAACAAGUCCUACUAUACCUUGCACGAUCCCGGUCUUCCAAAUCCCGGAUUUCUUGAACCAUGCAUGCACGUGUAACUGCCAUGCAUGUGAAUUACCAGCAUGCAUCAUCAUCGCAUGCCAGAUAUGCUAUCUAGAAGCAUCAGCGUACUUCAGAGAUAAAGAAAACGAAAUCGCAAGGAAUUAUUUCAACGGAGCUCUAAACGCUUUUGAGAAAGCUGAAAUUAAAUUGAAGAAAACAUUCGAAGAAUACAAGAAGUGUUUGAAAGAUUAUAUUGUUGAUAUAGAGAGAAGAAAUGUUGAGCAAGACUUUAAGUUAGUGCAAGUAGAGUUUUAUAUUGAAUUAUCGUAUUUUGAGCUCAGUGAAGGAGAUUUUGAAACGUCAGAUGAAUAUAUCCUUAAGAUUCACGAAAUUAUGUCAGAAAUGAGAGAAGUUGAUCCCUAUUUGAGGAACGAAGUGUACAAUUUAAUGGUGGCGUCAGCGCAACUCAGGAAAGACAUCAAAAAACCUAAAGAAAUCGGUUUAGAAUUUGAUUUAGAGAAUCUGAAACUCAGUCCUGAUAAGGAUUUGGAGAUACAGAAGACUCCAGAAGCUAAAAUCGCAGUCCCUAAGAUAGGAACAGUGAAAAUAGUUAAAGACGAGGAAAUACCAAAGAGACGUAAAGUUAUUAAACUUAAUUUAGACGAAGCUAGCGAAGAAAAUGAAGAAAAAAUUACUAGAAGCAAAACCAAGAAACCACAAUUCAAAAUACCAGACCCUGUGACUUCGAAACCAGUGCUAGAGACUAUCACUCCUAGACCGACUCGGUCUAGACCGGAAAUAUUAAUACAACAGCCAUCUCUAGAGCAGACUGACAUUAAAAUCUUCACGCCAAAAACAUCAAAUACCAACGAUUUCUUCACGCCCAGCGAAUCAACUCCCGCUGAACAAUUCUUCACGCCGCAAACAUCAAUAAAGACUUACUCAAGGCGAAUCAUAAAGAACUUGGAAAAAGAAUUUUCAACGCCACAAGGAAAGGAAAAUCCACAAAAUCCACCAAAUAGUGUGAAAAAAGUUGAUAGUGUCAAAGUAUUGAAAGACAAAAGGGUUUUAAGGAGAGCAACUUCUCCGGGGAAAUUAGUUCAGAAACCUGAGUCUAGACCUAGAAGAAUAAAACAACCAGUUAUAGACUAA